AAAAAAAAAAAAAAAAAAAGACCCAGCAGCGGAGAGAAACAGUGAUCAGAGUCCCAUUUAUCUGUUCUCUGCAGUCUGUCUGAGAAACUCUGCUGGACAACAAGAAUCUGAAGAUUGGACGGGAACUGACUCUCGUGGAAUCUUUUCGCUGCAAGACCAAAUAACAGGGUCUGCAAGAUGGCCUCCCUGUUUGAGCGUGUUAGCAAGAAUCUGGUCAAAGAGCUUGGAGACAAAGACCUGAAGCCUGUCAAAUCCCCGCUGGACACCAACAAAUUCCGGCAGUUUGCACUAUUACGGAAGAAGAGGAAGACUCGCACAGAGUUCUGGGAAAAACCUGAUGUUUCAGCGGAAUGCUCUCUCAUGGACAUCCUGGAACCAAGUUCUCUAGUCCCAGAAACUGUGGUGACAGGACCGUUCCACUUCAAAGACAAAGUAAUUGCGAUGGAGAGCGUGCACAUGGAUGUGACUGCUGGGCUAGAAGUGAGUGUGCUGGGGGAAGCUGCUCAGUCCCAUGGAUCCUCCCUUGAGUUUCGGUCUGUUGCCAUCCCCCCCACCACGUGGGAAGGCCUCCAGAAGAGGAAAGUGCUGGAGAAAAAGCUGGUGAAGUAUCGGGAUGCAGGGCAAAACCUCUAUGUGGUGACAGAGGCUGUGGAGCUUAUCAACGGAACUGUGCUGCAGGACAAGAGCAGCAUAACCGCGCUGGGGAAAUUCCUUCUCCCUUGGACCACCUAUGUCCAGAGCAAAGUGGAGGGAGGCAGAGUGAGAGACACGACACUGAUGCUGCCCUCCGGCACGGUGAUGGCCUAUAAGAAGAAGCAGCUGGUUUUCCAGGAGCCCGGCUGGGACAUUCUCCUCAUCCCCGAUGAGAGGCAGGAGACCUUCCCGGACGAAUUCCAAGAGAGAACAUUGGUGCUAUCAGACACCCGAAGAGGCCCCAUCCUUCCAGUGGGAAGAAUCGACCUGCCCAAAUCCCAAGAUUUCCAGUACCUACAAGAGGAGAUUUCCUGGGAAACGGAGGCACUGGCCCAGCUCUCGAAGGACAGUCAGAAUGAUGUUUUCCAUACUAUCCUCAAGAACCUGAAGCUCAAGGACCGAGGGACCCUGCAGGACCUCAUGGACAUGCUGGAUCGGGACCCCUUGGGCCCUGUGGACAGCUCUGGUGGCACCUUCCUAAGUAAGAUGCAAGAGGACCCAAGGAAUCCAUGGCUCCAGUCAAGGUCCCACAUCAUGUACCUCCUUGAGGCCAUAGUGGCGCUGAGUGACACUCAACAUGAGCUGCUGGCCUGGUCCAUGGAGAAGAGGAUCUUGCUCCAGCAGCGGGAGCUGGUGAGGAGCAUCCUGGAGCCCAACUUCAGAUACCCCUGGAGCAUCCCCGUCCGCCUGCAGCCCGAGCUCCUCGCCCAGCUGCAGGAGGAAGGGGUGGCCAUCACCUUUGCCCUGCUGGAGGAGUGUGGCCUGCGGGUGGAGCCCGGCAACCUCAAGGCGACCUGGGACCUGGAGGUCAAGAAGCCCCUGUGUGCCCUGUACGCGGCCCUCUCGGGGCUGCAGCAGCUCGUUGUGGCCUGAGCCCCCCCUGGGGCGUUCCAUCCAGAGGCCUGGCCCCCUAGUCUGUGCUAUGAGCAUCCUGGGUGCUCGGGCACCCGAGGCCACGCCUCUCUGUCCUUCCAGUUCAGGUGGGCAGGGACCAACGAAGACUCCAGGGGACGUGCUGGGGUGAUGGGAACACUCUGCAUCUUGCGAGAACUUUAAGCAUUUGUCAAAACCCAACAAAGAGCAUCAAAAUAGCACCUAGUGCACUCUCGGGAGACAUGUUUCUACAAUCUCGUCUUAGCCUCUCUGCUUCUGUUUUCUCUGCUGAAAACUCCAUCUUGUCCUGCUUUACUUUACCCCAUAGUCCUGCUUGAAAAACAGUCGCUGUGCUGGUAAAUGCCUUAAGCUUAAGAACAAAGUUAUUCAUAGGGUCAGCUGAAUGAGGGCAAAAUGUGUUGGCCUAGGCACGCUGGACCUGUGCAGAUAGGAAACGGCAGAAUGCGUCCUCUUAAGAAUAAGAGGAAGACGAGCCUCGUGACCCCAAGGGGUUUAUGAGGGGUCGUUAGCUGGAUAUGCAUCAGCAAGGAGAAUUGAGGUGCCAACCUAGGCAUGCCGGGCUGCUGCAGAUAGGCACAACCUCUGCAGAAGCACAACGGUGAUUCUCUAGAUGCUAUGCAGAGAGAGCUGCCGCCAAGCUUCCUGAAUGCUACUGACGGUUAAAUGCCUAAAAGUCAGAAUAAAAGUUUAACCAACUACUGGCUAUGUGACUUUUAAAAUAAUAAUUAAAAAAAACCCCUAUAUCCUGCACCUAUAGCCCCCUCCUCGCUUGAUGGAAUCCUGAAGAGCAGAAUAAAAGCAGUCUGGUUUCUUGAGGUGGCGCUCUUGGUCCCUGAGACCUUGAGUCCCCUGGUUCCCACCUUUAGUUAAGAUAAAUGUCUCUGAAAAGAAUAAAAUUAGAACACUCCCUAACACCAUACACAAAAAUAAACUCAAAAUGGAUUAAAGACCUAGAUAUAAGGCCAGAUACUAUAAACCUCUUAGAGGAAAACAUAGGCCAAACAUUCUCUGACAUAAACCACAGCAACAUCUUCUCAGAUCCACCUCUUGAGAGUCAUGACAGUAAAAACAAAAAUAAGCAAAUGGGACCUGGAGUUCCCGUCGUGGCACAGUGGUUAACAAAUCCGACUAGGAACCAUGAGGUUGCGGGUUCAAUCCCCGCCCUUGCUCAGCGGGUUAAGGAGCCGGCGUUGCCGUGAGCUGUGGUGUAGGUCACAGACUCGGCUCAGAUCCCGUGUUGCUGUGGCUCUGGUGUAGGCCGGUGGCUACAGCUCCGAUUAGACCCCUAGCCUGGGGACCUCCAUAUGCCGCGGGAGCGGCCCAAGAAACGGC